AUGGCGCAUACCGGUACAAGCGAAUUCAUCUCUGGCAGUAGCGUGACUGCCGGAGAAAUCCGGGAAAUUCGCGAAAGGGAGAAGAGGGAGAUGCGAGGACUGAACGAUCGACUAGCAGCUUAUAUCGAGCAGGUUCGUUUCCUGGAAGCACAGAAUCGAAAGCUCAACCAUGACCUGGAGAGGUUGACGAAGGGUAAGCACGCACCCGGAAUUCGUAUGAUGUACGAAAAAGAGAUUGCGCAAUCGCAAGCGAUCAUCGCCGAUGCUAAGAGAGAUUAUGGAAACACAGAAAAAGAAGUUCGAGGCCUUACUGCGGAUUUGACUGAUAUCAGAAACAGAUACGAUGCCGCCGUAAAAGCCCGAAAUCUAGGGAACGAGGACGAUUUGAUAGUAAAGCUUUGCGACCUACAAGCUCAGAUAUGUAUGACGAAGAGACGUAAUGCAGUGAUUGAUGAAGAAUGCAAGCGCAUACGCGCUGAAAAUCUGAAGCUUAGCUCAGACCUUGCUGCACAGCGCCAGAUGCUCGAGAAGGAGUCACUCCAGAGAAUGAAUUAUGAGCACCAAGCUCAGGCUCUGAUUGAGGAGUGCAAAUUGAUUGCCAGCAGCAAUAACGUUAAGCUGGAUAAGUAUAAAUACCAAGAUACAACCGAAGAGAAUCGUGCAAUCUUCCGGCAAGGACUAUUGGAAGCUAUCGCUGAAAUUCGCAAGCUUUACGAUGAGGAUACAUCCAAGUUCCGUAGUGAAAUGGAAUCAUGGUACUCCAAGCAGGUCAUUGAGAUCCGUACCAGCAGCCGUUUGGCAGCAGAUGCUAGCACAACAAAAGAAAAGGUGAAGCAGCUGCGCUCUCAGCUUACUGAAAUGCGCACCAACCUGGCUAACCUCGAAGGACGCAAUCACAUCCUCGAGAAGCUUAUCCAGGAUCUCAACUACCAGAUCGAAGAUGAAAGCCGUGUCACCAUGGCUCAUCUCAGCGAGAAGGACGACGAAAUUCGUGCUGUCCGUGCACAGUGCCAGGCUAUCACUGUGGAACUUGAGAAACUCAUUAUUGAGAAAGUUAAUCUCGAUGCCGAGAUCAGCAAAUACCGUCAAUUACUGGAGGGUGAGGAAAAUAGAACUCAUGGACGA